AUGGUGCGGAGUCAUGUGUCGGGUCGCUGUGUUCAUCCAGGUCGUGAUUUAAGCGAGUACGGGGAUUCGACUGUCUGGGCGUCAGAUAUGAUGAUCAUCGAGCGUCAGCAGUACUUGGAGGACCACCUCAGGAUGGCCCAGAGCGAGCAGGAGGCAUCAGGGCAGCACCACUUCCGGCGGGGAGGGUCGCGGGUGUACUACGCGUCAGAGAGCGGCUGCUGGCCCGCCAACAACCUCCCGCGGGACUUCUGGAACCGCCACAGAGCCACUAGGGAGCCUGUGAUCCUUGAAGCUGGGGAAGAAACCUUUAGUUCUGGAGAGGAGGCUCUUGAGGGCGAGGCGUCACCUGGGGGUUCCUUCCGCGGGUCCUUGCGGGGAUCUCCGUCACACCGCUCGCAGGACUCCGGGUACUCAGACUCCGGGGAGUCCACCAACGCCCAUAACGACGGUGACUCCCUGCCUACAACGCCGCCCAACGUAAAGCACAUCACCCGCGUCUACUUCGGCGAGAACCCGUGCCUCUACAACGACAAGAUAGUCUGUAUCCAGACCGUAAACGUCACCACGACCAACGUGUCGUCCACCUCCCCUGAUACCGUUGAUACCGCUCUGCCUGACGCGGGACCGUACAAGAGCCAGAGGCAUGACAGAUCAGGUAGUUUAGAGGAGCUGGCGGAGGAGCUGGAGCACAAGAGUGUGUUGGACGCCUCCACCAAACGAACAGGUGCCGUUAAGAAACGGGUCAGCAGCAUGACGGCCAUGAUGGGUCAGCGGCGGCCACAGAGACGCAGCAGCAGCGCAGAGAAGCUUCUUGUAGACGUCCAGGCAGAACAGCACCGUCGGCCGACAGCAGGACGGACACGACGCCGCUGGUCUAUCAGUGACGUGCAGCAUCAACACCUGAAACUCAACAGCAGGCAGCAGCAGCAGCCGCACGCGGGACCUUCUCAUGUCUCCUGCGGUACUAACACCCAUGUCACUUGCGGCACCAACACUCGUGUACCCUGCGGCACCAGCGGCCGCAACUCAGACGUUGAGUUAAUGAGCCGGGCCAUUGACUCGCGGCCCCCGGAAUGUGAGGAGGACCCAGUAGCGGGCGAGACGCACCCAGGCACCGUGAGGCAGCCCAGGACACGCCCCGUGAAGCUGGCCCAGGAGAUGAGGAACCCGUCUCUACUGCAGUGGCUGAAGGAGUUGAGUGUCUUGUAUGAGUCUGAGUGUAUGAAUACCCUUCAGUCCAAGUCUCUGCCGGAAGUGUGGCCGCCGCCCACUACUUCCACUACCUCCACCAGCACCUCCUCCUCCACCCUGCCACGCCGUCAGGGCCAUCCAGCGAAGGCUCACGCCGUCUCCACCGAGUUCGUUAGACUGUGCCAGCGGCUGGAGUGGCUGGAGCGUCAGGUGCCGGCCCUGGCCGGGCUCUCUGUGGGCCACAUCAACAACUUCCCUCAGAGAUCUACCACCCAGUGA